AUGAACACUUAUAACGAAUGUCAGCUUGAAUAUCGGGACAAAUGCAAGGGCCGGAUAAAGCUACAAUUGCAAAUAGCAGGGAAGCCGGUUUCCGACGACAAAGUCGAGGAAAUGCUGGAUUCUACGAAUCCAUCCGUCUUUACGGAAGCUUUAAUGGAACAGACAGAAGCUGCUAAAAGGUCUCUGUUAGAAAUCGAGGCCCGUCAUGCAGACAUUUUGAAGCUCGAACGUUCCAUCGAAGAAAUGCGCGACCUCUUCUCGGAAAUAGCUUUGCUUGUUGAUCAACAGUUUAUACCAGAGUUGAAAUUUGCUUUUCUUGCAAGUUUUCCGACAGUGGUUUUGACUCACUAG